AUGUCUAAACCAUCCUUGUCAUUCCUCUUGUAGGAUUACCUUGAUUGCAUCAGUGACCACUCCAAGCUCUCCCUGGGGCCAGAGGAGCGAUCGGCCCUGUUUGGAAAUAUACGGGACAUCUACCAUUUCAACAGUGAACUUCUGCAAGAUUUGGAAAACUGUGAAAAUGACCCUGUGGCUAUAGCCGACUGCUUUGUUUCCAAGAGUGAAGAUUUCCACAUAUAUACGCAGUACUGCACCAACUACCCCAGGUCAGUAGCUGUGUUAACAGAGUGCAUGAGGAACAAGACUUUGGCCAAAUUCUUUAGAGAACGACAAGAAGCUCUCCAACACUCUCUGCCCCUGGGCUCCUAUCUCUUAAAACCUGUCCAGCGAAUCCUCAAAUACCACCUACUUUUGCAUGAAAUAGAAAACCACCUUGAUAAGGACACUGAUGGCUAUGAUGUGGUACUAGAUGCCAUAGAUACAAUGCAGAGAGUGGCAUGGCAUAUAAAUGACAUGAAGAGGAAACAUGAACAUGCCAUCAGGCUUCAAGAGAUACAGAGUUUACUCACUAACUGGAAAGGUCCAGACCUCACGAGUUACGGGGAGCUGGUGCUGGAAGGAACAUUCCGCAUCCAGCGAGCCAAAAAUGAGCGCACGUUGUUCCUCUUUGACAAGCUGCUACUUAUUACAAAGAAGAGAGAAGAGAUGUUUACAUACAAAGCUCACAUAUUGUGUGGGAAUCUUAUGCUUGUUGAAGUGAUACCAAAGGAACCACUUAGCUUCAGUGUCUUCCACUACAAAAAUCCCAAGAUGCAGCAUACUGUCCAGGCAAAGUCACAGCAAGAAAAACGCCUUUGGAUUCUUCACUUGAAGAGAUUAAUUCUAGAAAACCAUCCUGCUAAAAUUCCUGCCAAGGCCAAACAAGCAAUUUUAGAAAUGGAUGCCAUACAUCAUCCAGGCUUCCAUUAUAGCCCGGAGGGAGAAACGAAAUCAUUGUACCAUCCUAAGGAAGGCACUACUCCGCACCGAGUGAGAAGGAAAUCAGAACCCUCAUCUAGAGGCCAUAAAGUUUUGAAGUCAAAUGAUAUAAACCCAGAUAUGCAGAAGCGGAUCAGUAUCGAAGGAGCCCUCUUAUCUCAAACUGCCAAACUGGGAUCAAAUGAAACCCUACUAAGUUCAAGAAAGAAGGGUUCACUGGAACCCAGUGGGCUAGAGAACCAGUUUCGAGAGUCCACCGAGCCAUCCUACGUCAGUGAUCAAGAUGAAAAUCUCCACACUUCUGCUGCAGAACAGAUUGAUGCUGAUGAUGAAGAAGAGUCUGAACAGGGAGCCCAACAAAAUUCAUCACAGAAAGCAAAAGGAGGACGGAAAAGACUUAACAGUCAAGCUGCAGAAAAUGUUGAAAAACGGAGAAGUGUUAAUCUCAACAAAUGUGAAAUGCAGAGCUCCAAAGAUCCUUCAGAUGAAGAGUCGACACAACCAAGUACUGAUCUUUCCUAUUCCUGCUCAGCUAGACAGUUGCCUAGACAACUUAGCACCCCCCAGAGCAACUCAUUAAUCAUGAAUAUUUUGGGGGGCACUACCUCUGUCAGAAACAUCUGGACUGAUCAUCAGAUCAGGCAGGCAUUGUUUCCCAGCAGGCGACCACCUUAUGAGAAUGAAGAUGAUGAAGAUGAUUACCAGAUGUUUGUACCAUCAGCGUCCACGUCCAACUCCAGCUCAGUUGUUGGUGGAGAAAGGAGGGGUCUUUCUGGUCGACCAUGCAGUUGGCAUUUGGGGGUGGGGCAUCAAAACGAGGCUUCCAGCUCCAACCGCCAUAAAGUCGUUAGACGGGCCAGUAGUGCUGGUGAAAGCAACACAUGUCCAAGCAGUGCAAGGUGCAAAACUGGUGACCUUGGCCAGCGCAGUUCUCGAAGAGAAUUGAAAAGAACAGAGAUGAGCAGUAUGAAUGCUUAUCUGGAAUCUUCAGAAGAGCUGACCGUUGAUGAUAUUGAACAUGUUUAUGAUAAUAUAAGCUAUGAAGACUUGAAGCUGAUGGGCCUGACCAGAAGGGAGGAAGCAGACCAUGCCCCUCAGAGAUCUGCUCGAGAUUCCCUCUAUGAGGCUGAAAACAAGCGCAACUCAGAUUCACCCUCCAAAAAGAGGACAGCAAAUCAAAGCAGGGCCUCCAGUCAUGCUAGUAGAGAUGAAGUCUUACUUAGUAGAGAAGCACCUGCUUCAAGUUUGGAUGAGCUCAGGAUUGUUGAAGAUAACAUCUAUGACACCAUAGUGCUUCCCGAAACACCUCUAUUGAAUUUUAAAUGUAAACCUCUAAAAUCCUCCAAAAGGAGGAGUUUUCUGGGCCUGGAAACAGACUUUGUGUGCUGUGACAACUUACGGCAGUUUGUUUCUGAAGAGAGUCUCCAGUUCAGCGAAGAUGAAAGUCCUUACCACCGUGUUCCUCUUGACAAUGACUAUCUGAGCUUAGUGGACAGCUCCUCCAACUCCGAUUCACUCUCCCAUAAGUCUGCAGCAGAUAAACUCUCAGAGGAAGUAGAUGAAAUCUGGAAUGACCUGGAGAACUACAUCAAGAAGAAUGAAGAAAAGACAAGGGACCGUCACCUUGCAGCCUUUCCUGUUUGUAAAGAUGAUAUUCAGGAAAGAUUGCAUGCUGGCAGUACACCUGAGCUGAGCAAAGAUGUAGAAUACUCGUUGUCUACUCUCUCUCUGCCGGAAACUCCUAUUUUCCCUAAAGCUUUGAAGCCCCGGGCAGCCACCGUGAGUGAGGCUAAUCUCAGGCUUGAAGACACUACUCUGUGCAAGGACAGCUCUUUUAUGAGUCUGAGCAGAUCGUCCUUCUCCAGUGAGAGGCCUUUUGUAGACAGCCCGUAUGAAUCUGCCAAUAGCGUUCUUUCCAAUGCGCAUACAGAGGGCAUGGAAAACGAUUCGGAUAUUGUGGAUAAGACAAAGAACAGAGUUUUCCUGAUGGCAAGACAAUACAGUCAGAAGAUUAAGAAGGCUAACCAGCUUCUGAAAGUUAAAAGUCCAGAGCAGGAACAGCCAGCUACCCGACAACAGAAACUUAAACACAAGGAUCUUGCUGCCAUACUGGAAGAAAAGAAACAAGGUGGUCCAGCUAUAGGUGCCAGAAUUGCUGAAUAUUCACAGCUCUAUGACCAGGUUGUCUUUAGGGAAAGCCCGAAGAUCCAAAAGGAAACCUGCUGCAGUCCUCAGGAGCCUUCAGCCUCAAGGUAUUCCACACCCGUGGCUGCACCUGCUUCCCGUUCCCAGUUAGGCAGUGAGUGCUCAAGAGCAGAGGAUUGGCUUUUGCAUUCUACGUACAGUAACGGAGAGCUGGCUGACUUUUCUCCAUGGCCUGAAGAAUCCCGAGACCUGAAGACCAAGAGCUCAUACACAGAAUCUGCCACAAAAAGUAGUUCAAGGCAGUUGCCAUCAGCUUGCUCAGUGCCAUCCCUUCAAAUUUCUAACCGUUUGCAUGUCCCUGUGCAGAGGUGGAGUGCCAUUAUAAGCCAGCCUAAUAAGGAAAAUUUGCAUCAAGAUCACAUCUAUAACUCCCUCGGAAGAAGAGCAAGCAAUAUAAAACCCCAGACAUACAGCAGGUCGCAGUCAUCAUCCUCUAUUGUGGUCAGUAGAUCUGGGGAAUCAAUCGUUUAUCCUAACGAAAUGGACAAGAAAAAGCUUCAUUCAAAUAGGAACUUCCGAUUUGAUAGCCAUGAAGCAUCAGAUACUGCUCCAGGAUGUACGGAACCUGACACGAGAAAGCAGAUCCCUGAGAACUAUUCAGAUAUGAUUCUGCAGGACUCUCAGAAAGUCCUGAGAGUAAACAGGACCUCCCCUCUGACUGCCCAGGUGGCUACUCAGAACUACUUUUCUAAUUUCAAAGACACCGAAGAAGGGGAUGAUGACGACUAUGUUGAAAUCAAAUCUGAAGAUGAGGGAUCUGACUUGGAGACUUACCAGAACCAGACAAGGAAAUUGGAUCCUAAAUUAAGUAACACAGACGCCCCUUCUGAAACUCUCUGUAGCAAAACUGUGUCUUGUACUCCGGCGAAAUCAUCGAACAACAAACAUGCGCUUACACCCUAUCUGACUGCAUACAGCGAUUCAGAUAAACUGAAUGACUACCUGUGGAGAGUACCGUCUCCCAAUCAGCAGAAUCUUGUCCAGUCCUUACGGGAAAAGUUUCAGUGUCUGAGUUCCAGUAGCUUUGCUUGACGCUUUCAGUAACUUCUAGUUGUAAUGUCUUAACAUGACAAAGUAUAUAUUAAUACAGUCAGUGCUGGCAUCAUGUAUUUCAAAAAUAGUACACGAUCAGGCAUUGUUUCAAAGUAAUAUUGUAAAUAGAUGCAAAAUGUCUCUCUUUUUUAUGGUUUAAAGUCCUGAACGUUGAAACGGUUUU